GAAAGAUUAUCUAUGGCUCCUAUCAAAAAAUGACAAGACCAAAGUUCCGGAAAGAUUUAACAUGGAUUGAGGGGUACUUCGAGCUGUCCGACUCCGAGCUGUCCGACUUCAGACGAGCUUUUUGAGACCUCCUCCGAGCCGCAGCUCAUCUCAAACAAGCCAACUUUCACUCCUGAGACGUCAGAGUGACCCGACAGGCGGUGGGAAAUAGCGUGACGUCAUCACUGCGGGACGCCGUGCUGCGCAGGAGCUCAUCGGGGACCGGAUAUCCGGGAGGGCUGGAGGAAGGAGGUCAGCAUGCGGACUGUAGGGGGGGCGCUGAGGUCCAGCAUCCUGAGGCGGGUCGGUUCUGCUGCUCCCAGACCUGAAACUCCACUGGGUCUCAGACCUGAACCUCCACCGGGUCCUGAACCUCCGGCAGCCGGACCCCCUGCUGUCUGCUGUUUGAUGUCAACCAUCAGGACUCUGUCAGGAAUGAGGACUCUGUCAGGAAUGAGGACUCUGUCAGGACCCGGGACUCUGUCAGGACUCGGGACUCUGUCAGGAAUGAGGACUCUGUCAGGAAUGAGGACUCUGUCAGGAAUGAGGACUCUGUCAGGACUGAGGUCUCUGUCAGGACUCGGGACUCUGUCAGGACCCGGGACUCUGUCAGGAAUGAGGACUCUGUCAGGACUGAGGUCUCUGUCAGGACCCGGGACUCUGUCAGGACCCGGGACUCUGUCAGGAAUGAGGACUCUGUCAGGAAUGAGGACUCUGUCAGGAAUGAGGACUCUGUCAGGAAUGAGGACUCUGUCAGGACCCGGGACUCUGUCAGGACUCGGGACUCUGUCAGGAAUGAGGACUCUGUCAGGAAUGAGGACUCUGUCAGGACUCGGGACUCUGUCAGGGGUCCGGAGGCUCUCUGGUGGCCCUGAUGGUGUCCCUGGCGGUGUAGGGGUCUCUGAGGGGGUCCCUGAUGCUGUGGGGGUCUCUGGGGGGGUCCCUCCCGGGUGGUACAGCUCCCUCUCGGACUCGGCUCUGGUCCACCUGGUGGAACACUUCCUGCUGACGGUCCAGCAGGUGGGGGGGCUGCCCUGGUGGCUGAGCAUCGUCGUGGCAACGCUGUCGGUCCGGACCGCCGUCACUCUGCCGCUCGCAGCCUAUCAGACGGUGGUGCUGGCCCGGGUGGAGGCGCUGCAGGUGGAGAUCUCUGAGCUGGCUAAGAGGCUUCGAUACGAAGUGUCGGUCCGAGCGAGAGAGAGGAGCUGGACUGAGAAACAGAGCAGAUUCCAGUUCAAGAAGAACCUGCGGAGGAUCGUUUCUCAGCUUUAUGUCAGAGAGAACUGUCACCCCUUCAAAGCCAGCCUGCUGAUCUGGGUUCAGCUGCCCCUGUGGAUCAGCCUCUCUCUGGCCCUCCGGAACCUCACCCUGGAUCAGUCAGCUCUGCAUGCUGACCUGGCAGCAGGGGGCGCUCUCUGGUUUCCUGAUCUCACCGUACCGGACUCUACCUGGAUCCUGCCGCUCGCCCUCGGACUCACCAACCUGAUCAUCGUAGAGGUGUUUUCUCUGCAGAGGGUGAACCCCUCUCGUCUUCAGAGGAUUGUAACGAACAGUAUCCGAGGGUUCUCCGUGUUGAUGGUUCCCAUCGCCGCUACAGUUCCCUCUGGUCUGGCUCUGUACUGGCUUUCCUCCUCUCUGAUUGGUCUGUCCCACAACCUGCUCCUCAGGUCCCGCCUCCUCCACAGACUCCUCCGACUGAAGACUGUCCAUCAGUCUGAGACUCCGUACAGAGACCUGCUGAGCGCCUUCAAGUCCAAAUACUGCAGAUAAACACACACACACACACACACACAAUAAUAUAUUUACUUUUUGAGAAGUGUUCUGAUUUGUCAUUAAUUGUCUAAUCUGUGUGUUCUUCAAUCAAAUAAAACUUGUCCGAA